AGCCUUCUUCUUUUUCCUUUGUUUGGCGUGUUCUGCCUACAACUAUGGCAGCAGCUGAACACCAACAUCGUUUCUUGUCUGUGAUGCUUCUUCUUUUGGUUUUCUCAUCAGGCAUUGCCAACGGGCGCUCAGUCAUCAAAACCCUACCGGGGUUUUCUGGUGAACUUCCAUUCUAUCUUGAAACUGGGUAUGUGGGUGUAGGUGAAAAUGAGGAAGUGCAGCUGUUCUACUAUUUUGUUAAGUCACAGAGGAAUCCAGUAUUUGACCCUCUUAUGCUUUGGCUCUCUGGAGGCCCCGGUUGUUCCACUCUCACUGCAUUCUUCUAUGAAAACGGUCCCCUAACUUUCAAUAUUCAAGAAUAUGAAGGAGGCUUACCGAAUCUUUAUUUGAAAGAGAACACAUGGACGAAGACCCUCAACAUAAUAUUUGUAGAUGCUCCUGUGGGUAGUGGAUUCUCUUACUCAAAAACACAAGAAGGUUACAUCAUGGAAGACUUGAAAUACGCAGCACAGACAUAUGAAUUCCUCAAGAAGUGGUUGGUGGAUCAUCCCGAGUUCCUGAAAAAUGAGCUCUACGUUGGCGGCGAUUCAUACUCGGGCAUACCUGUCCCAAUGGUUGUUCAAGAGAUAUAUUAUGGUAGUCCAAGCUUGAACCUCCAAGGAUAUGUGCUUGGGAACCCGCUGACUGAUACAGAUAAUGAUGUGAAUUCCAGAAUUCCAUUUGCACACCGGCUGACUCUUAUAUCUGAUGAACUCUAUGAGUCUGCCAAAACAAGCUGCAAUGGCGAUUAUGUGACAGUAAAUGCAAGCAAUGAACAAUGUGUUGCAGAUAUGGAAGCCAUUAGUAAGUUGAUCGAUCAAAUAUACAUAAUGCAAGUUUUGGAACCAAACUGUGGUAUUUCAUCCCGAAAACCAAAGGAAGGAGAGUUGAAUCAUACACAUUUCCUCACACAACUUGGUGAAAAAUCUGCAUACUUUUGCCAUGAAUACAAUUAUGUGUUUUCUGAAAUAUGGGCCAAUAAUAAAGACGUACGAGAAGCUCUUCGCGUUAGAGAGGGGACAAAAGGCCAUUGGGUAAGAUGCAAUAUUACCAACCUAGCUUUCACAAAGGAUGUAACAAGCACUGUCGCUUAUCAUCAGAAUCUCACUAAUACAGGCCUUCGAGCUCUAAUAUACAGUGGUGAUCAUGACAUGUCUAUUCCACAUAUUGGCACACAAGAAUGGAUAAAUUCACUUAAUUUGACACUAGAAGAUCCUUGGCGAACAUGGUGUACUGAUGGUCAAGUUGCGGGAUACACAGAAACGUUUACAAAUGAUGACUUUGAUCUAACAUUUGCAACUGUAAAGGGUGCAGGUCAUGUAGCCAUUGAGUACAAGCCCAAGGAGUGUUAUGCCAUGAUUGAUAGGUGGUUUGCUCAUUAUCCACUCUAGUUAACAGUAAUUGCUUGACAUCCAUGUGAGCCUAACUUAUAUAAGGCAUGUGAUGCGGGUGAAAAGGCUGAGGUGAUCAUCAAAGGCCCAUUUGAGGACAAACAAAGGCCUUAGUUUUUUAGGUCCUAUUUGACAUUAAAUGUAUUAUCAAUAAUUAUUUAUACAGUAUUUAAAUGAUGUGUUUUUAAGUACAUCAUUGUAGGUGAUAAUUAUGUAACUUAUAUUUUUAGUCCUUUGAUUAAACAGAAUUUUAAUAUCAUGGAAAGCAA